UUGGUUGCACACCUGCCAUUCAACUAACCUAGUGGUGCCGUGGCCGUUGACCUUAGGCCGACGGGACCAUGGCGGCCAGAGCUUUCGGGAGGCUGGCGGGGCUCUCUGGCUCUUUGGCCGUGGGGCUCGGCGCUUACGGUGCGCACGGAUUCCGACGCAGCGAUCGGGAUGAUUACUUGAAAGAGCUGUUUGAGACUGCAAACAAGUACCACUUCUUACACAGCUUGGCACUACUGGGAGUUCCUCAUUGCCGAAAACCUUUGCUGGCGGGCACCCUGCUGACGUCCGGAAUGGUGAUGUUCUGCGGCUCCCUCUACUUCCAGGCCAUCACCGGGGACCCCCUGCUCACCAAGGCUGCGCCAUAUGGCGGAACCUUACUAAUAGUGGGCUGGGCAGCCAUGGCACUAUGACGCUAAGAGAACUGACAGACAUCGGAGCAAGGGAGCAAGAAUCCUAAUGGGUAAUCAAGUGGAAGAAGACGUUUGCAAAUCACAUAUAGCUGGACGUUAACAAAACCAACCCCUGCACUAACAUUUACACUGUCUCUAUAGAAACCACCCCAGAAACUUAAUCCUGUCUGCUCAGUAGAAACCAGUCUUCUCACCACCCUCUCUCAACCACUGGCUGUUCAGUGGUUCAGUUUAAUAUCAGAGAACGUAUACAGUAUACAACCUGAAAUUCUUACUCUUCACAGACAUCCAGGAAACAGAGGAAAACAAAACAAGGAAUGAAUGACACAAAAACAUUGGACCCCCUUCCCUCCCACACACAAGCAGCAGCAAAGCAUCAAUGUUCCUUCCGCUUGUUCCAGCAAAAAAGCAUCAGCCCCCCCACCAAGCAACAGCAAACCCCCCCCCCCAGAGACCAUGUUCUAUAGACCAUUAAAAACUACUGUCCAUCCCAACACUUCAACAUCUCAACAGACCCUCUCUUACUAAUGAGGGGGAGAGAUAUACCGCUCCUGUCACAGUGAGAGGGGAGGUAACAGCUCAUUGUUUCAAAGUUACAGUCGGCAUUGUCACUUAUUUUGAGUUCCCCUGACUCGAGAAUCGGUCAGUUACCCUCUCUCACCCGAGAGAGAGCAAUCACUUGGAGUGCAGAAGCCUUGAUGUUUUGAUCUCCCGCGAUGCUUCAGUCUUCAACUUCAGCAAGGAAUCCGGUCUGCUGAAGGCAUAUGUCUUCUAAGCUGCUCCUGGAGAUCCCAAAACAGGCUGCUUAGCGAGUUCUGAAGAGCGAGGACCACAGUCCAUGAAGAAUGUAAUUGGAGCGCAGCUCUACAUCACGGACUCUGACUGGACCCUAGCCACCUUGAAAGAGUAUUCUGCAGGCCAUGUAAAGAAGCUGGUGGUGGUCCCACGUGGAAUUCCCAGUCCCUGGGUUGCCUAUUGCUUCUCACCGUCUUUCCAAUCACCCUACCAACUAAUUUGAUUCCUUGAGCAGAAUUUUUUUCUCUCCCUGAUGAGAAGUGUUCCAAAACGUGUGUAUUGCAUUUUUACGUCAAGAUAGUAUAAUUUCCCUCCAUUUUGAAGUUAGUGAUUAAAUCUGGCUGUCCUCUUGAUCAAUUGCAAUAUAUAUUAUUAAAACACAAGGGGGUUAAAGCAAAUCCUCACUCUG